CAAGGAACUCGUGAAAUCCAAGUAAAACCCUACUUAUAGUUGAGAAAGGAACUAGAAAAUUACCCUUUAUAAAAGGGGAUGCCUGAAGCGGAGACGGAGUACAUUAUCCAUUUACUGAAGAUCGAUCGAUCGAUCGCUAGCUACAGCCUACAGGUACCCAAAUCUAUCUUUUCUUCCCCUUCCAUUCAACUCAAUAGGUUUUCUCUGUUUGUUUGUAGUCUGGUGUGUUGUGUGUGCAUAUUAAUGGAGGAUUUUAAUAGUAUUAUUGUUGCUCCUAGAUGCUCAACUGUAUACGGUAACAGUAGAAAACGGUUGAAGAAGACUUCCAUCGAGGAACUUCCAAUAGAUAUCAUGUUUUUGAUUCUAAAAAAAUUGAACUUGGUGGGCUUCAUUCGUUUUCGUGCAGUAUGUAGGUCUUGGCGUUCGAUUGCCAUUACUGCCAAGAAAUCACCCCAGUUUGAUCUUCGAACUCAACUCACGUGGUUGAUGAUUCCCACCUCAUGUGUGUCGGAUGGUCUUCAUUAUGGGUUUUUCUGUCUCUUCGAAGGCAAAAAUUUUAGGUUAAAAUUGCCUGAAGUGUACCGCGCUCGGUGUUGUGGUUCUGACUAUGGAUGGUUGAUAAUGGUGGGUCAUACGAGAAGUAUUUUUCUUCUAAAUCCAUUUACUAGGGUUUCAAUUCUACUUCCGCGGCAAUCUACUCUUCCUAUUAAACGCCCGUUGGCUGUAGACAGCCGAUACUACAUACGCAAGGCUACGCUUUUCUCUGCUUCUCCUGUUGCUAAUAAUAAUUUGGAUGAUUGUUUAGUAGUAGCGAUUUAUUGUACAGACAAUCUAGCUUUCUGCAGACCAGGGAAUGAGGCAUGGACUGCCAUUGACGAUGGAAAUAAAAAAUUUGAAGACAUUAUUUUCUAUGAUGGGAAAUUGUAUGCCAUCAAUAUCAAAUAUGAUCUUAUACUUGUGGAGUUAUUUCCUUAUCCAAAAGAAACAAGCUGUAAUAUUACUCCUCCAACAGAAGAAGAGGCAGAGGAUCCUGGGCUUUUUAAUCAUCCCGGGCGAGUGAAUUAUAAGACUCCUGAUCAUCCCAAGAAGACUGUUUAUUUGGUGGAAUUUCUUGGAGAGUUGCUAUUGGUUAUUAGAUUUUUUGGAAUUUUUUCCAAAAGUGCUAUGUUCAAGAUAUUCAAGUUAGAUCAACAGGGUCGGUGCUGGAUUAGAGUAGAAGAGUUGGGUGAUCAAAUACUAUUUAUUGGCACUAGUACUGGCUUUUCUGUCUCCGCACUUGAUUACCCUCAACUCAGAGGAAACUGCAUAUAUUUUACAUAUGAAUACUCUCGACAUAGUGAAUCCAUAAUAUAUGGAUAUAGACCUCGCCAUGAUUUUGGUGUGUUUCACUUGGAAGAUAAUACCAUUGAUUUUUGUAAAUCGCGAUUUUCUCUCUCUCCUCCUAUUUGGUUCACCCCAAUUUCUUGGUAGAGAGGAGAGGGGGUUUGGGAAAGAUUGUGAAUUCUGUUCCUAUUUUGUACUUUUUUGUGUUUAUGUUAUUUGAAUUUUUAUUUUUAUUUUUUUAUCCUAUUAAUGCAAUUGAUGUGGAUUGACUUCCAAUUUUUUAUAACCUCCAUUUGGAGGUUGGUGUUGGGGAAGCUCUCUCUUCUAAGUUUUUGUUAAAUUUGUAUUUUGAUCAAAAUGCAGGAGUUACUGGGUUCAUAGUAA